AUGUCUGCCAUAAGGCAUCGCCCUCUGGCACCUCCAGGGACGGGCGAUAGUGAUGACAAUUUUACAGAUGAUGAGAGCACUCCAUUAACUCAAGAUAUUUAUGGCGGAAGUCAACGCACUAUACAAGAAACAAAAGGCUGGGAUGUAUUUCGAGAUCCACCCAUAAAAGUCGAAACUGGUUCAACUGCCAAUCAAGAAUGUUUAGAAAUUACAGUGAAAAUUUUAAAAAUAUUUGCCUACAUACUAACAUUUAUAAUAGUACUAACGGGAGGGGUGGUAGCAAAAGGCUGUGUCUUAUUUAUGACAUCACAAUUACGUAAGGAUAAAAAAAUAGAAUAUUGCAAUAAAGAUUUGGGUCGCGAUAAGACUUUCAUCGUUAAACUGCCAGAGGAGGAGCGGAUAGCAUGGAUAUGGGCACUAAUGAUAGCUUAUGCGAUACCAGAAAUCGGUUCACUUAUACGUUCUGCACGCAUUUGUUUUUUCAAAACCUUCAAAGUACCAAAGACUGGUCAUUUUCUAUUCAUCGUACUAAUGGAGAGUUUUAGUGCACUCGGCACUGCACUGCUUAUGUUUGUUGUACUACCACAAAUUGAUGCUAUACAAGGCGCAAUGUUAACGAAUUGUCUAUGCGUGAUACCUGGCAUAUUAGGAUUAUUAUCACGCACUUCUAAAGAAGGCAAACGGGCCGUAAAAGUUAUUAUAGAUAUGGCUGCUGUAGCGGCACAAGUAACUGGUUUUGUUAUCUGGCCAUUAUUGGAGAAUCGUCGAGAAUUAUGGGUUAUACCGGUAGCGUGUUUAAUGAUGUCAUGUGGAUGGUGGGAAAAUUACGUUUCUCCUCAAUCACCUUUCAGACUGAUUCGCGCCAUGGGACAUAUUAAAGAAGAACUAAAAUAUACACGCUACUUCUGUCACAUGUUCAUAUCGAUUUGGAAAAUAUUUCUGUUUUUCUGCUUAGUACUUUUAAUAUAUUGGGUACAAGGUGAAGAGCCUGGAAAUAUAUUUAGCAUGUAUAGUGAUGCAUUCGGUCCACAUAAAAUAUCUGUUGACGAGUUGGCAACAAGUUUGACUAAUGUUCUACCAGAUACUUUAGAUGCAGCUAAUAUAGAUACCAUCGACAUUGAUGCCUCACACAAUAUGGUCAUUUAUGUAUUACUUUUACAAAUUUUUGGUGCUUAUAUGUGUUAUAUCUUUGGAAAAUUUGCUUGCAAAAUUCUUAUACAAGGGUUCAGUUAUGCCUUUCCAGUCAGUUUGACAGUACCUAUCACUGUUUCACUGCUGAUAGCUGCUUGUGGUUUACGCAUCGAUGAUCCCUGUUUCUUCCAUGACACAUUACCAGACUAUUUAUUCUUUGCGAGUCCAUCAAACUUUAGAUUUAAUGAUUUUGUUACACAACAAAUGGCCUGGGCUUGGAUACUGUGGUUACUAAGUCAAACUUGGAUUUCGCUGCAUAUUUGGACACCAAAAUGCGAACGUUUAGCUACAACCGAAAAAUUAUUUGUUAAACCUAUGUACUCUUCCUUGGUUAUUGAUCAAUCUAUGGCAAUGAAUCGUCGUAGAGAUGAUCAAGCAGAUGUUAAAACAGAGGAUCUCUCCGAAAUUGAAAAAGAAAAGGGUGAUGAAUAUUAUGAAACCAUAUCUGUGCAUACUGAUGGUUCAGCUAUGCACACUAAACCAACAAUCAAAUCUUCUGAUCAUAUAACCAGAAUUUAUGCUUGUGCUACUAUGUGGCAUGAAACUAAAGAUGAAAUGAUGGAGUUCUUGAAGAGUAUUAUGCGUAUGGAUGAAGAUCAAUGUGCUAGAAGAGUAGCCCAAAAGUACUUGCGUAUAGUGGAUCCAGAUUAUUAUGAAUUUGAAACACAUAUUUUCUUUGAUGACGCUUUCGAAAUUUCGGAUCAUAAUGACGACGAUAUACAAGUAAAUCGCUUCGUCAAAUUACUUGUAGCGACUAUGGAUGAAGCCGCCUCUGAAAUUCAUCAAACCACAAUACGUCUACGACCACCUAAAAAAUAUCCCGCACCUUACGGUGGUCGCUUGGUUUGGACUUUACCUGGCAAAACCAAAUUUAUUACACAUUUAAAAGACAAAGAUCGCAUACGUCAUCGUAAACGUUGGUCACAAGUAAUGUACAUGUACUAUUUGUUGGGACAUCGUCUAAUGGAAUUGCCAAUAUCAGUGGAUCGUAAAGAUGUAAUUGCAGAGAAUACUUACUUGUUAACCCUCGAUGGUGAUAUUGAUUUCAAGCCCGCUGCUGUAACAUUGCUCGUGGAUUUAAUGAAAAAGAAUAAAAAUCUAGGUGCAGCUUGUGGACGUAUACAUCCAGUUGGUUCAGGUCCUAUGGUAUGGUAUCAACUUUUUGAAUACGCUAUUGGUCAUUGGCUGCAAAAAGCUACCGAACAUAUGAUUGGCUGUGUACUUUGUAGUCCUGGUUGUUUUUCACUCUUUCGUGGUAAAGGUUUAAUGGAUGACAAUGUUAUGAAAAAAUAUACUACACGUUCCGAUGAAGCUAGGCAUUAUGUGCAAUAUGAUCAGGGUGAAGAUCGUUGGCUUUGUACGCUAUUAUUGCAAAGAGGUUAUCGUGUUGAAUACUCAGCUGCAUCGGAUGCCUACACACAUUGUCCUGAAGGUUUCAAUGAAUUCUAUAAUCAACGUCGUCGUUGGGUACCUUCAACUAUAGCCAAUAUUAUGGAUUUACUCGGUGAUGCUAAACGUACUAUUAAAAUUAAUGACAACAUAUCGUUGUUGUAUAUUUUCUAUCAAAUGAUGUUAAUGGGUGGUACUAUACUUGGUCCAGGCACGAUCUUUCUUAUGUUGGUGGGUGCUUUUGUCGCUGCUUUUCGUAUUGAUAAUUGGACAUCGUUUCACUAUAAUAUUGUGCCUAUACUGGGUUUUAUGUUUGUUUGCUUUACGUGUAAAUCUAAUAUACAACUGUUUGUAGCACAAGUGCUUUCGACAGCUUAUGCGCUUAUCAUGAUGGCUGUUAUAGUCGGUACGGCAUUGCAGUUGGGUGAGGACGGCAUUGGUUCACCAUCUGCGAUAUUCUUAAUAGCUAUGACGGGGUCAUUUUUCAUAGCGGCGUGCUUGCAUCCGCAAGAGUUUUGGUGCAUAACAUGUGGUUUAAUAUAUUUGCUCUCGAUACCUUCCAUGUAUUUGCUACUCAUUCUGUAUUCUAUCAUUAACUUAAACGUCGUCACUUGGGGGACCCGUGAAGUUGUAGCAAAGAAAACGAAGAAGGAAAUGGAAGCUGAGAAGAAAGCAGCAGAAGAAGCUGCUAAACGUGUUAAACAAAAAAGUAUGCUCGGUUUUCUGCAAGGUGGCAUAGGUAAUAAUGCUGACGAGGAAGGAUCAGUAGAGAUAUCGCUUGCUGGACUAUUUCGUUGUAUAUUAUGUACGCAUGGCAAAACAAGUGAUGAGAAAGCGCAAUUAACUGCAAUAGCCGAAUCUUUGGACACAAUUAAAUCACGUUUAGAAACUUUAGAGCAUGCCAUAGAUCCACAUGGACAACAUACACGCCAUGGACGGAGACGCACUACAUCAAGCGGAUCUAAAGAUCAUCAUUUAUUGUCCUCUGUAGCAGAAAAAUCAGGUGAUGAGUCGGAAGAAUCAGAUUCAGAUACUUCAGCAGAACCCAAACAAGAACGUGACUUCCUUACCAAUCCUUAUUGGAUAGAAGAUGCCGAUUUGCGUAAGGGUGAAGUAGAUUUUCUAUCAAGCGCUGAAUUGCAAUUCUGGAAAGACCUUAUAGACAAGUAUCUUUAUCCAAUUGAUAAUGAUCCUGUGGAACAGGCUAGAAUUGCUAAAGAUCUUAAAGAAUUGCGUGACUCUUCUGUAUUUGCAUUUUUCAUGAUAAAUGCAUUGUUCGUUUUAAUUGUAUUCCUUUUGCAAUUGAACAAAGAUAAUAUUCAUGUGAAAUGGCCAUUUGGGGUGCGCACGAACAUAACUUAUGAUGAAUCCACACAAGAGGUUCACAUCUCUAAAGAAUAUCUGCAAUUGGAACCGAUUGGUCUAGUGUUUGUGUUUUUCUUUGCAUUAAUUUUGAUAAUACAGUUCGUAGCCAUGAUGUUCCAUCGUUUCGGCACCAUAUCACACAUAUUAGCUUCAACCGAGUUAAAUUUAUGCAAAAAGAAAUCUGAAGAUUUAUCACAGGACGCACUGAUAGAUAAGCAUGCGGUGGAAAUAGUUAAAAACUUACAACGACUGCAAGGUAUAGAUGGUGACUAUGACAACGAUUCCGGUAGCGGACCUGAUCGUAUAGCACGUCGUCGGACAAUACAAAACUUAGAAAAAGCAAGACAACCGCGUAGACAAAUUGGAACACUAGAUGUGGCGUUUAAAAAGAGAUUCCUCAAGUUGACAGCAGAUGAAAAUAAUCCAGCUACACCAAUUUUAACCAGACGUAUGACUAUGCGAGCAGAAACAAUACGUGCUUUAGAAGUACGUAAGAAUUCUGUUAUGGCCGAACGUCGAAAAUCUGCAAUGCAGACUCUAGGUGCAAAGAAUGAGUAUGGAAUAACAACAACUACAGUGAUUAAUAACAAUGGCGGCAUACCAAAUCAACGCAGUGGACGUACAUCUACAGCUGGUAUAAGCAUCAAAGAUGUAUUCAAUGUAAAUGGUGGACAUGGAGAGCAAAUCUAUGGUUCCAACGGUGGAGGCACAAUAAAUCAAGGCUACGAACAUGUACUCGACGAUGAUGAUGGAAAUUCUUUGAGGUUAACGACGCGAAAUACAAAUCCACAAGUUUCAUGGGGCAACAAUACGACUAAUACUGGACGUCUGUAAUAUAACUCAAAUGAAAUUAACUAUUUUGUUUAUUGUUAGAUAUUUAAAAUUACAUUUUUUUUUUUGUUUGUUUUUUAUUUGAUAUUAUUUUAUAUAAUAUAAUUUAUAAUAUAUUAGUUCUUUAGUUUAAUGUCACAAAACUAUAACUUGAAACUAUUCAACUGCCUAUGUAAAACUGAUGUACUCGUAACUUUUAUACUCAAAACUGCCUUUAAUUUCACAACUAAAAAUAUAAACAAUAUUUUACUUUUUUUUAAAUUAAAUUAAUUAAAUUAAAUUAGAAAACAAAAAACCAAUUGUAAAUACAUAUGAUAAUAAUAAUUUUAUCAAACAACGAAGAUUUUUGCUAAUCACACUGCCUGCUGAUAUUUAAGACUUGUGAAAUUGGACGCAUACUAUAUCGUAUGUUGGAGGGGAAAGUUGUUGAAGAUUCCCAAAAUCCUUGUUUAAUAAAGUAAAAUAAUGUUGCAAUUUUAGUUUUAGAAUUUGUUUUUAAUAUUUAAAAAUUGUUGUAACUGAAAAAUUGUUUAAUUCGCAACUAAUUCAGUCAAUUUACAGCAAUACCAGUAAAUGAUAUAUAAAAAAUACUCAUUUGUCAAUUUGUAAUAUUAUUAAAUAUUUGUAUUGUAUGUAUAUGUAAAUUAGUUUAUAUUGAAUAAUUUUUUUUAAUGUAAAAUUGUUUUAUAUAA